AUGACCUUUCUCUGGGUUGUCCUUGGCUUCCUCCUCUUUGGCGGCAGCUCCGGCUGCGGGGUCCCUGCCAUCCACCCUGAGCUGAGUGGCCUGUCCCGGAUCGUCAACGGGGAGGACGCUGUGCCCAGCUCCUGGCCCUGGCAGGUGUCCCUGCAGACCGGCUCGGGCUUACACUUCUGCGGGGGCUCCCUCAUCAGCCAGGACUGGGUGCUCACCGCUGCCCACUGCAGGGUCAGGAAGAGCCACCGUGUGGUGGCUGGCUUGUCUGAUCUCGGCUCUGAUGGCGAGGCUGUCCAGGUGUUGAGGAUCGCAAAGGUUUUUGAACACCCGCUGUGGGACAGGAUUAUGGACACCAAUGACCUCGCCCUGCUGAAGCUGGCCACGCCCGUCCUGCUCUCCAGCGCCGUGUCCCCCGUGUGCCUGCCCGGUGCCAACGCCAGCUUCCCCCCGGGCUCCAUCUGCGCCACCACGGGCUGGGGCAAGACCCAGUACAACUCCUACAAGAACCCCGACAAGCUGCAGCAGGCGGCCCUGCCCCUCCUGUCCAACACCGACUGCAUGAAGUUCUGGGGCAGCAAGAUCACCGACGUGAUGGUUUGCGCAGGCGCCAGCGGCGUGUCCUCCUGCUCGGUAUGGCCCAGCUCUGCCACCCUGGUGCUGCCCCUCGGACCUCGCGCCGCCCCUGCUCAGCCCAGAGUGCAGGUCCUCUCUGCGCGUAACGAUGGAGUCUGGACCCUGGUGGGCGUCGUGUCCUGGGGCAGUAGCUGGUGCAACCCAUUCUCACCAGGGGUGUACACCCGCAUCACCAAGUUCAUUCCCUGGGUUCGUGAGGUUCUGGAGGCCAAAUGA